AUGAGUUAUACUGAAAAAUCUGAAAUUGAUAUUGAAAUACCUCUUAAAACAUCAGAAAGACAACAACUAUAUAGUGAAAUAAAUAAUCUUCGAUUAGAAAGAGAUUUAUUUAUGUCGAAGUGGAUAUCAUUAAAAGAUAGCAAUUGCAGUUUAGGAAUAAAUAAAACUCGAGCCAAUCCUGAUAAGUGCAAUAUGCUCACUGGACUUAAUCUUCCUGUAUUAGAAAAACUGUUGAGUUUCCUAUGCAAAGGAACUCCAGAAAUUAAAUUAAGGCACAACAUUAACUUUGAUAUGUUAUUGUUUAUGUUUGAUAUUAAAAAAACUACUGCCUUGGAUAACUUUUGGAAAUGGAUUGAUAUUAUGUAUGUGAAAUUAAAAUAUUUAAUAAAAAUGCAAGAUCGAGAUCAUAUAUACGAAACAAUUCCUCCUGUUUUCAAAAACAAAUUCCCAAGACUAACAUCAGUUAUUGAUUGUUUUGAGGUUUUUGUGGAAUCACCAUCAUUUCUAAUGGCAAGAGCACUAUUUUACAGCCAAUAUAAAAAACAUUGUACAAUAAAAUGUCUCAUUUCAUGCACACCUAAUGGAACGAUUAACUUUAUUUCCAAAUGCUAUGGUGGAAGAGCUUCUGACAAUCAAAUAACUCUGGAAUCAGAAUUUGCAUCUAGCAAGUACCAUAUGCCAGGCGAUCAAAUCUUAUCAGAUAGAGGUUUUACUUUACAAGACGAUUUUGCAGCUGGAAGUUGCUCUAUAUUAAUAAAUCCAGCUUUUACAAAGGAUAAAGCACAACUUUCUGCUUCGGAGGUAGAAAAAUCUCGCAAAAUAUCAUCUGUUAGAAUUCACAUAGAAAGAGUUAUUGGGCUGUUGAAAAAUCGUUACACCAUUCUUCAAGGUGUAUUGCCUUUACGAACUGUUAAAAACAUUACCGAUGAAGCUACCUCAGUUACUCUUUCUAAUUGUGACAAAAUUGUAACAGUUUGUGCUGCUUUAACAAACCUUGGUGAAGGAAUCGUUUAA